AUGUCUAAUGCCGAGGCCUACGAUAAGAAGCUUAAAAUGCUGGAAGUGAAGGCCCAGGGCUUACUUCGUGAUUUAAAAACAACAGCAGAUCCCAUUCGGCGACUUCGCUGUCAUACGGAGGCUCAAAAUACGUUAAAUGAGAUUCAGCAAAAUUACCAGUUACUCAAGACAGAGAUACAGUUGCUUGAGGGUGACGAAGGAAAGUUAUACAAAAAUGCUGAACAGGAGCAUGCGCAUGAGCUAAGUAACUUGAAGCGCAUGCUACAGCUGGAAAAGGCACCUGUCCCCGUCGUCCCGGGGGACCAAAGCAGCUCAAUGUUCGGCGCGUUGCCGGCGACCGGCGACCGAAGAGAAGAAGCAAGACGCAUCGCUCAAAGCGUUGUUACCAUCCAGGGCACAACACUGGGCUCACUAGCGCAGGCCGAACGAGCGCUGCACGACACUGAGGAAGUUAGUGUGAAUGCUACAACAAGACUUAUUGCGCAGACGGAACAAAUACGGAAUAUACGCGAUCGUGUGGAGGACUUAGAUUCCGAAGUUACACGAGCCAGGAAAGAACUAAACGAAUUUAUCCACCGAAUGGCAACAGACAAGAUUAUCAUUUGCUUUUACAUACUUAUAAUGAUAGGUAUUAUUAUAUUUGCUACGUUAAAGUUUUUGCAAAAAUAA